AUGCCGCAAGCUCCUUCAACGAGAUGGUGCCCAACACCAGAGCAACUCAUGAUACUUGAGGAGAUGUAUAGAAGUGGGGUGAGGACACCAAAUGCAACACAGAUACAGCAGAUAACAGCUCACCUCUCUUACUAUGGGAGGAUAGAGGGGAAGAAUGUGUUCUACUGGUUUCAAAACCACAAGGCUAGAGAGAGACAGAAGCUCAGGAGGAGACUGAGUAGGCAUUAUUACCAUUACCAACACCUUCUCUACACCCACCCACAUCCCGUAAUCCCUACCAACUUUGACCCAGCUGUGAUCUCUUCUACUUCUCCACCUCCAUUUCUCCAAAGCAACCCUACUCAAUUCCUCCAUCAGGGAGGACUUCAGGAGGCAACUUUUGGACCUAACUACUGCUGCAAAUUGGAUCACGGCAAGAGCGAAGGGUCGUUCGCGACGAACACCGAAGAUUUCGGCUACGAAUGGACGACGAAGAUGGGUUCAGAUUCCGCCAUUCCUCCGUGUUGUAGACCUCUUAAAACUCUUGAUCUUUUCCCUACCAAGAGCACUGGUCUAAAGGAUGAGUGCAACACCUCCAAGUCUCCCUCUUGCUUUAACUAA